AUGGCACCGUCUUUGAAUGACAUUAUGAACCUGAGAAAGCAGCGGAGUAACAGUCAUGUUAUGGACACUCCUUCCGCGCCGAGGAAUAUCGACUCCCUAUCUAGUUACAGGAGCAGAAGUGUGUCCAGUAACACUUCACUGAACGAUUUGAUGUUCGAUACGAUGCCAACGCAGCAGUCGCCACCGGCACACUCUUUGGAUAGACUAAUGUCCAUGGCCACAGUGUCGAAUAUCAAGAAGAAGCUAUCCCUCCCAACUUCUAUUGGGCCUGGCCGCAAGGGGAGUAUCAACUCGGACUUACUUUCUGUGGUUAGCACUGAGUCAGCAAACAAAUCGCCUUCCAUCAUAUCAGACACCUCUAAUUAUCUAAGUGUUUCCAACAGUGGCGAACAUCUGAAGAAAGAAGAGCAGUUACUGAUUAAUGUUUUGGCAACCGGUGGGUUCACUUCCCAGAUUACUAAGAUGAAUCAUGUUAAAGGUAGCUCGCAUUUACCAAUAGAGUUAUUUAUGUGCAGAUCUGAGAAUAAUGUAUAUCUACCGUAUGUUGACCCAAAGAAGUUUAGAGGCUCAGCCAUAGAGAAUCUCCUGCAGGAAUCCGGCGACGAGGAUUAUGAAGAUAGGUAUGAUAAUUGCAAUUCAGAAAGCUCAAGGAGCGGGACUCCUAAACCUGCUGAUGCCUUGGAAACCGACAGAUUGAAUCACUCUAUUGUGGUAAUAAUUAAACUUAAAAAGUCAGCGUUACUUACCCCCAAGGUUAGAAUCCGGUAUCAAACCCUGGUGACCGCUUUUUGGCCUCUAGGUUAUAUCGAUGAUGAAGAUAAACUAAUCCACCAUGAAUGUUAUAAAGUAGCUAAGGAUGUCGAUUGGGACCUUUCAUUAGACGAAGCAAACCAUUUCAUACCUUUCAAGGAAGACUCAGAAUACUCAGUUUCUGACAGCUCUGGCUCUGGGGAUGACGAUGGGACUGGAGUUUUUUCUAUACCAUACAACAAUGUGAAAACGUUGGAAUUACUCAAAGUAUCUCAGUAUCAAGAUUAUGACGAAGACAAAUUAAAAAUGAUACCUGACGACGAGACUCGUAAAGGAGGAUACGUAUACAAACCUGGUUAUUAUUGUUUCACACUAUCGGUGAUGAUACCUAACGUGGCACCUGAGUCAACAAAUCUUAUCUACAGCAAACUUCAACACCAGGUGGUGGCCCAACUACAGAAGAAUCUUGUGUCAAAUAUUCCUGAACCCGAACUUUCCUACAGUAUGUCGCCUCGCUCUUCUGAACUUUCCAGGUUUAAUUUCCUUCGAAGGAAAUCGGAAAGUGUAGAACUGGAGCCUGAAACGUUCAAGGCAGAUAUUCCUGUGGUUAGAUUACCCCCACCAAUGGGCACGACAACAUUCAACAAGUCAAUCUACGUUAAUAAGGUUUGGGGAAACGCUCUUAAUUAUGAAGUUUUACUGCCACAGAAAUAUGUGAGAUUAACAAAUUCGAAUGAAAAUGCUACCAUGAACUUGCAACUAAAGCUGGUACCAUUGAUUAAAGAUAUCCAACUGAAACGUAUCAAAAUUAACGUAUUGGAACGCGUGAAGUAUGUUUCGAAGGAUAUGACACAUGAGUAUCGAUAUGGCGAUAUACCUAAUAGCAAGACCAAGAGUCAGAAAGAGCGCAAAAUUACACUUUUCGAAAUAAGAACUAGGGAUAAAAGUAAGCAUGAAUCUCUCAGAACAGAGGUGAUCAAGAAUUGCCAAGAUGAUAACUUAUUGACUGCUUGCUUCAAUAAUGGUGAUGUGAAAAGCCGUAAAAUGAGACAGAAGACUGAUGAAAUUGUCAUUACUAACCCUGUAAAGGUUAGCUGCCCCCUCACUUUCAAAGCCGCUUUUCCAGGCAAGGAACAAACAUAUGGAUUGAAUCCAGAUUUUACCACAUUUACCAGUGUUGUCGUGAAACAUAGACUUCAAAUAUGUUUUCGUAUAAGUGUUCCAGAAGAAGGCAAUUCAGAGAAGUUUCACCAUUAUGAGGUUAUCAUUGAUACACCGUUAGUUCUUAUAUCUCCCGACUGUAAGGAUGAUAUCUUAACUUUGCCAGAUUAUUCAGAAAAUCCUCGCAGUGGCUUUUCUUUGACAUCUACCCAGAAAGACCAAGAAGAUUCAGACAAUUUGCCAACAUUUGAAGAAGCUGUAUUGCAACCGUCAUCUCCCUUGAUGCAACCUUCGUCGAGUACUGACAUGGCUGCAUUGCAAAGGAGGCUCUCUGCGACGGACUCCAUGAUGUCGUUUUCUGGCUUGGAUAAUGAGUUCAAUACAAUUGAUGAUGUACUAAACAAUGCGGAUGCUCUGAGUGGAUCCAUUCCUAACGAGGUGUUUUUCAAGAAGGAUAUUCAAUUUGGCGCUAAUCUCUCUCAGUUCCACGAGGAUACAGUGGGACCAAGAGAUAAGCCUCCUAGUUACCAAGAUGCUAUUGACCAAAAAUAG